AUGGCAGGAGGAGGGGCCAAGGGGGAGCGAUCUCUGGAAGAAACGCCAACUUGGGCAGUGGCAGUUGUGUGUUUUGUGCUGGUUGUAGUUUCUAUCCUCAUUGAACAUGUCAUUCACUUAGUUGCAAAGUUGUUGACAAAGAGAAACAAGCGAGCUCUUUACGAAGCACUUGAGAAGAUAAAAUCAGAGCUUAUGCUGUUGGGAUUCAUAUCCUUGCUGCUGACAGUAGGGCAAGGACCCAUUUCGAAUAUAUGUAUAUCAAAGGCUGUCGGGGCAACAUGGCAUCCAUGCAACAAAGAGCAAGGGAGAGAAUUAAACAAGAAGGAAAAUAACAGUAGUAAUUCUGACGACAAUAAUGGCCAUAGAAGACUUCUAAGUAUUUCAGAUUUAGGUAGUAGUAGUAGUACUACUAGUACUCGACGUGCUUUGGCCGCUGCAGGAUACUAUGACAAAUGCGCAGAGAAGGAUAAAGUUGCGUUGGUGUCGGCCGAUGGCAUUCACCAACUCCAUAUCUUCAUCUUUGUGCUUGCAGUCUUCCAUGUGCUUUAUUGUAUAACCACUCUAGCUUUCGGCAGAGCAAAGAUGAGUAAGUGGAAGAAGUGGGAAAUGGAAACAAGAACAGUCGACUACCAAUUCUCACAUGACCCGGAGAGAUUUAGAUUUGCCAGAGAUACAUCCUUUGGACGAAGGCACUUGAGCUUCUGGAGUCGCUCAUCCGCUCUCCUAUGGAUAGUUUGUUUCUUCAGACAGUUUGUCAGAUCAGUGCCCAAGGUCGAUUACUUGACCCUGCGCCAUGGAUUCAUUAUUGCACAUCUGGCACCUCAGAGUCAAACAAAGUUCAAUUUCCAAAACUACAUCAAAAGAUCGCUUGAAGAGGAUUUCAAAGUUGUUGUUGGGAUCAGCCCAACAAUCUGGCUUUUUGCGGUAGUGUUUCUAUUAUUUAAUACUCAUGGCUGGUAUUCCUAUCUAUGGUUGCCCUUCCUCCCACUGUUUAUAAUUCUAUUGGUGGGGACAAAGCUACAGGUCAUCAUAACCAAGAUGGGUCUGAGAAUUCAAGACAGAGGAGAGGUAGUCAAAGGAAACCCAGUGGUACAACCUGGGGAUGAUCUUUUCUGGUUCAAUCGCCCUCGCCUCAUUCUUUAUCUCAUCCACUUCGUUCUCUUUCAGAAUGCCUUUCAGCUGGCCUUCUUUGCCUGGACUUGGUAUGAAUUUGGCAUAAAGUCUUGCUUCCAUGACAAGAUGGAAGAUUUCAUAAUCAGAAUAUCUAUGGGGGUGCUCAUACAGAUACUAUGCAGCUAUGUCACUCUUCCUCUAUAUGCCUUGGUAACACAGAUGGGUUCGAGUAUGAAGCCAACAAUCUUCAACGAUAGGGUGGCAAAUGCACUAAGAAAAUGGCAUCAGACAGCAAAGAAGAACGUAAAACAAAACCGGCAAUCAAACAGUACGCCAACCACGCCAUUGCACUCAAUGUCCCCUGUCCAUCUUCUGCGUCACUACCAAGCUGAUCCAGACAGCAUUCAUACAUCACCAAGGAUGUCCAAUUUCAACAAUGGAGAUUGCGAGAUGGGUGCUCCCCAGUCACCUGCCCAAGUACUCCAUGAUGAUCUAAAAUGGUCUAAGAAUAAUACAAACCAUGCACGUGAUCAUAUUGAAAUUGAAAUUCCCUCAAAGGAUUUCUCAUUCAGCAAAGACUGGGUGAAUUAAAGCAUUGAUGGUUUGAGUAAAAGAAAGGAAAAGGACAAGGAGAAAUAAGAGGCACAAAUUUUCAGGGAUUUGCAAAUGUAAAUGCGACUCUCAAGGGUCACCUAUUAAUAUCAACAGUGACUUCUAAUCUCGUUUCUCAAUUAUUUAUGAUAUGUUUCACUGAUUUGUGAAGCUUUUGAUGGUGCUGAAGAGGUGAUGAUAUGAAUAACAUUGUUCAAUCUUAAAAGUGAGAAAAUUCAGCUGGAGCUUUUGAGGAAAGAA